AUGGGUCAUUCAGUCGAUAACAACCCCUUUGCAGAGGCACCCUGGCUGAUGGGAGUGCCAUCGCCGUACUACUCUGAUUCGCACAGGCGAUGGCAAAAGACCUGUCGUGAAUUCGUUUGGAAGAACCUUGGGCAAUAUGGAUUGCAAUGGACCAGGCAGCAAAGCUGCGAGCCAGAGGUGUACCAGACCUUCGCAGACGCGCCUUGUCUGCCAGCUCCGCUGCCAAUUGCUCGCCUCAAAGCACUCGGUAUUCGUGAACUCGCCGGGAGUCUGAAGCUGGAAGAGUAUGAUUACUUCCACUACCUCAUUUAUAUGAGUGAAAUGUACAACUGCGGUCUGUUCAGCCCCGCAGGCGUGGUGGUGCCUGGCAUGGCUUUCGGGACACCACCAAUUCUGAACUACGGCAACAGAGAGCUGCAAGAUAGAGUCCUGCCUGACUUGCUGCUUGGCAAGAAGAGGACCUGUAUAGCUGUGACCGAGCCUGGUGCCGGUUCUGAUCUUGCAAACCUCGAAACGGAAGCCAUCAAAGAUGCCAGCGGAGACAACUAUAUCGUGAACGGCUGUAAAAAGUGGUUGGUGGUUGGUCAAUGCUAA